CACGUACGUACGCAGGCAGCAGGCAGGUACGGAAAGAGAAGAGGAAAAGAGACAGACAACUCCGCAGGCUGACACGCCAGCGCCUGGUCGGAGAGAGUUGCGGGACAAGGAGGAGGGCAAGGAGGUGCCGCCGACUGGGCGCACAUACACGCGCGCAUUCACACCCGCACCCGCACGCACGCACGCGAGCGCGCGCGCACGGGGGCUCUUAAGAUGGCGGACGCGGACUCGAGGGUGGACCGAUCGGAUCCGGAGCUACGAAUCCUGUCGGUCGACCGGAAUAGCUUCAACGACCCGGCGACUCAGGCUGAGUGGACGCAGAAGAAACUGGUAUGGGUGCCUUCGGAGCUGCAGGGCUUUGUAGCCGCGAGCAUAAAAGGCGAGCGAGGCGACGAGGUGGAAGUGGAGAUCGUCGAAACCGGCAAGCGCGUCCUCGUCGCCAAGGACGACAUACAAAAGAUGAACCCGCCCAAGUUCGACAAGGCCGAGGACAUGGCCGAGCUCACCUGCCUAAACGAGGCCUCUGUCCUCCACAACCUUAAGGACCGCUACUACUCGGGGCUUAUUUACACGUAUUCCGGACUCUUCUGCGUGGUCGUUAAUCCAUAUAAGAAGUUGCCAAUUUACACGGAGAAAAUUAUGGAAAGGUACAAAGGCAUUAAGAGACACGAGGUACCACCCCACGUGUUUGCUAUAACAGAUACAGCAUAUCGCUCUAUGCUGCAAGACCGAGAAGACCAGUCGAUAUUGUGCACGGGUGAGUCAGGCGCCGGCAAGACGGAAAACACGAAAAAAGUAAUCCAGUAUCUGGCCUAUGUUGCAGCUUCGAAACCCAAAUCGAACGCGAGCACUGGAACUUGCUCCGAUAAAUUUGCGGGUGAACUUGAACAACAACUCUUGCAAGCGAACCCAAUUUUGGAGGCCUUUGGAAACGCAAAGACUGUGAAAAAUGAUAACUCUUCUCGUUUCGGUAAAUUUAUAAGGAUCAAUUUCGAUGCCUCUGGUUAUAUAGCUGGGGCAAAUAUCGAGACUUAUCUACUAGAAAAAUCACGAGCCAUUCGCCAAGCAAAAGACGAAAGAACUUUCCAUAUAUUUUAUCAGCUAUUGUCUGGCGCUUCUCUGGAACAAAAAAAGGAAUACAUUUUGGAAGAUCCGAAGCUUUAUCCGUUCUUGUCUUGUGGUGCAUUGCCUGUUCCCGGUGUAGACGAUACUGCUGAAUUCCAUUCAACAGUCAAAGCGAUGCAUAUCAUGGGUAUGACCAACGAAGACUUUUCAUCGAUUUUUCGCAUCGUUUCAGCCGUCAUGCUCUUCGGCUCAAUGCAGUUCCGCCAAGAAAGAAAUUCAGACCAGGCAACUCUCCCAGAUAACACAGUUGCUCAAAAGAUCUCACAUUUACUCGGCUUAAACGUUACCGAGAUGACCAAAGCUUUUCUUAAGCCUAGAAUAAAAGUUGGACGAGAUUUUGUGACGAAAGCACAAACUAAAGAACAAGUUGAAUUUGCCGUAGAGGCCAUCUCCAAAGCAUGCUAUGAGCGAAUGUUUCGCUGGUUGGUUAAUCGCAUUAAUCGCUCCCUCGAUCGUACCAAGAGGCAAGGCGCGAGCUUUAUUGGUAUCCUUGAUAUGGCCGGUUUCGAAAUCUUUGAACUCAAUUCCUUUGAGCAAUUGUGCAUCAACUAUACGAAUGAAAAGCUUCAACAGCUGUUCAAUCAUACUAUGUUCAUACUGGAACAGGAGGAAUAUCAGCGAGAAGGUAUAGAAUGGAAGUUUAUCGAUUUCGGUCUUGAUCUUCAACCAACGAUAGAUUUAAUUGACAAGCCCAUGGGUAUUAUGGCACUGUUGGACGAGGAAUGCUGGUUUCCAAAGGCCACCGAUAAGACUUUCGUCGAGAAGCUCGUCGGCGCUCACCAUGUGCAUCCGAAAUUUAUGAAAACUGACUUUCGUGGUGUGGCCGACUUUGCAAUUAUUCAUUAUGCCGGCAAGGUUGAUUACUCAGCUGAUAAGUGGUUGAUGAAGAAUAUGGAUCCACUCAACGAAAAUGUCGUUAGCUUGUUGCAAAUGUCCCAGGAUCCAUUCGUCUGUCAUAUUUGGAAGGACGCUGAAAUUGUGGGAAUGGCCCAGCAAGCUCUUACCGACACGCAAUUCGGGGCGCGAACUAGAAAGGGAAUGUUUAGAACUGUAUCACAAUUGUAUAAAGAGCAACUAGCUAAACUGAUGGUCACUUUACGAAAUACCAACCCGAACUUUGUUAGGUGCAUAAUUCCAAAUCAUGAGAAGAGGGCUGGAAAAAUUGACGCGCCUCUAGUACUCGAUCAACUCAGAUGCAAUGGCGUAUUGGAAGGUAUCAGAAUUUGCAGACAAGGUUUCCCCAACAGAAUACCCUUCCAAGAAUUUAGACAACGAUAUGAACUUCUGACGCCUAAUGUUAUUCCUAAAGGAUUUAUGGAUGGAAAGAAGGCUUGUGAAAAUAUGAUCCAAUCAUUAGAGUUAGAUCCGAAUUUGUAUAGAGUUGGACAGUCUAAAAUAUUCUUUAGAGCAGGAGUACUCGCUCAUUUGGAAGAAGAAAGGGAUUACAAAAUAACAGAUUUAAUAGUAAACUUUCAAGCAUUUUGUAGAGGUUUUCUUGCACGACGAAAUUAUCAAAAGCGUUUGCAGCAGCUCAAUGCUAUUCGUAUUAUUCAGAGAAAUUGCGCUGCUUACUUGAAGUUGCGUAACUGGCAAUGGUGGCGUCUAUAUACCAAAGUCAAACCUCUUUUAGAAGUAACGAAACAGGAAGAAAAGCUGACUCAAAAAGAAGAUGAAUUAAAACAGGUUCGCGACAAACUUGAGAUGCAAUUGCAUUCGGCCCAAGAAUACGAACGCAAAUAUCAGCAAGCUAUUGAGGAGAAGACGAUGCUUGCCGAACAACUUCAGGCUGAAGUGGAAUUGUGCGCAGAAGCUGAAGAAAUGCGUGCGAGAUUAGCCGCUAGAAAACAGGAGCUUGAAGAAAUUUUACAUGACUUGGAGGCUCGAAUCGAAGAGGAAGAAGAAAGAACGUCAUCUCUUAUGCAUGAAAAGAAGAAACUGCAGUUGAAUAUAAGUGAUUUAGAAGAGCAAUUAGAGGAGGAAGAAGCCACAAGACAGAAAUUACAACUUGAAAAAGUUCAGUGCGAUGGAAAAAUAAAAAAACUUGAGGAAGACCUGGCAUUAUCGGAAGAUACAAAUCAGAAGCUUUUGAAGGAGAAGAAAUUAUUGGAAGAAAGAGCUAACGAUUUAUCGCAAGCUUUAGCAGAGGAAGAAGAGAAAGCCAAGCAUUUGGCGAAAUUGAAAACGAAGCAUGAAGCUUCCAUAGCUGACCUCGAGGAACGAUUAUUAAAGGAUCACCAACAACGUCAAGAAGUUGACAGAUCCAAGAGAAAAGUGGAAACGGAAGUAUCAGACCUAAAGGAGCAGUUAGCUGAAAAAAAGGCGCAACUCGAGGAACUACAGCUACUUAUGGGCAAGCGUGAGGAAGAACUUACUCAGGCUUUAACGAAAAUAGAUGAGGAAAGUGCAAUCAAAGCUCAGUCGCAGAAGGCCCUGCGCGAGCUAGAGUCACAGUUGGUAGAGCUACAGGAAGAUUUGGAAGCUGAGAAGGUCGCUAGGAGCAAAGCCGAAAAACUUAAGCGCGAUCUGAACGAGGAGCUAGAAGCACUUAAGAACGAGCUCCUCGACUCAUUGGAUUCGACAGCAGCACAACAGGAACUUCGAAGCAAACGCGAACAGGAAGUGGCUACUUUAAAGAAGAACCUCGAGGAAGAAACUUGUCUACACGAGGCGACUCUACAGGACAUGCGCCACAAGCAUACUCAAGAGUUGACAACAAUAAAUGAACAGAUGGACGCGCUGAAAAAGGCUAAGGCAGCCCUAGAAAAAAUCAAAGGCACGCUUGAAGCUGAGAAUGCUGAGUUGACUACAGAGCUGCGUUCGGUUAACGCAAGCCGGCAGGAAUCCGAUCGCCGGCGUAAGCAGGCCGAACAGCAGCUUGUCGACAUCAACGCUAAGCUCAUGGAGGUCGAGAGCGUUAGACAAGAGCUGGCCGAGAAGGUAGCCAAACUUCAGACUGAGGCAGAGAACGUCUCUCAGCAACUUGAAUCGGCUGAACUAAAAGCAUCGGCAGCGAUGAAGGCAUCUGUGACUUCGGAGUCUCAGCUAACUGAAUUACAGCAACAGCUCGAAGAAGAGACCAAACAAAAACUCGCCCUCAGCUCUAAGUUACGAGCACUGGAGAGCGAUAAAGAGACCCUUCGCGAUCAACUCGAUGAGGAAGAAGAGGUGCAGCGUACUCUUGAGAAGCAGGUUCUGGCUCUUAACACGCAGUAUACGGAAGCGAAAAAGCGCGCCGAUGAGGAAAGUGAAUCGGCAGCGGCUCUUGAGGAAGCUAGGAAGCGCCUUGUGAAGGACAUUGAAGCCCUUCAACGUCAGGUUGAAGAGCUCCAGGCUGCUAAUGAGAAGCUCGACAAAUCGAAAAAGAAGAUCCAGGCGGAGCUCGAAGACAGCACGAUCGAACUCGAUCUACAACGCGCCAAAGUGAUUGAACUCGAAAAAAAACAAAAGAACUUCGAUAAGGUCUUAAUGGAGGAGAAAGCGAUAUCGAUGCAAUAUGCAGAGCUACGCGACACCGCAGAACGCGAAGCUCGCGAAAAAGAAACGAAGGUUCUGUCGUUAACGCGUGAGCUCGAUGAGCUGAACGAUAAGGUCGAAGAGCUCGAACGCGGACGUAAGAGCUUGCAGGCCGAGCUCGACGAGCUUGUUAACAACCAGGGUACCGCUGACAAGAAUGUUCAUGAUCUCGAGAAGGCCAAGCGUCUACUUGAAUCUAAAAUUGCCGAGCAACAAGCCCAAGUCGAAGAGCUUGAGGACGAGCUCCAGUGCACCGAGGAUGCUAAGCUUCGACUUGAGGUCAACAUGCAGGCCAUGAGAUCGCAGUUCGAGCGUGAGCUUCAAGCCAAGGAGGAGCAAGCCGAAGAGAAACGCCGAGGUCUCGUUAAGCAGCUCCGUGACCUGGAAGCUGAAUUAGAGGACGAAAGGAAGCAGAGAUCGGCAGCAAUAGCUCAGCGAAAGAAAAUCGAAGCGGAUUACAAAGACAUGGAGCAACAGCUUGAGGUGCAUAACAAAGUCAAGGAAGAUGCACUCAAGCAGCUGAAGAAGUUGCAGACGCAAAUAAAGGACUGUACGAGAGAGACGGAAGAGGCACGGGCUGCAAGGGACGAACUUGCUGCGGCCUCCAAGGAGGUUGAGCGUAAAGUCAAGGGCCUUGAGGCCGAUGUCAUGCAACUCACUGAAGAUUUAACCAAUAGUGAACGCGCGCGCCGGGUUGCUGAGACUGAGCGCGAUGAACUUCAGGAAGAACUUAAUAAUAACGCCAAUAAAGGUACGAUUCUCUUGGAUGAGAAACGCCGUCUUGAUGCGAGAAUCGCUACUCUCGAAGAAGAACUUGAAGAAGAACAAUCAACAAACGAGGUUCUCAUGGAUCGUGCCCGGAAAGCACAACUUUCUAUAGAGCAACUUACGACAGAUUUACAAACUGAACGAUCAACUAUGCAGAAAUUGGAAUCCCAUAGAUCGCUUUUUGAGAGACAGAAUAAAGAACUGAAGGCCAAAUUGGCUGAACUUGAGACAGCUCAACGUGCUAAAUCCAAGGCAACAAUUCAGGCUCUUGAGAGUAAAAUCAAUAAUCUUGAAGAGCAGGUGGAUACAGAGACAAAGGAGAGAUUUGCUCAACAGAAGAUAAAUAGGAAACUGGAUAAGAAAGUCAAGGAACUAGUACUCCAAGUUGAAGAUGAGAGAAGAAACGCCGAGCAAUACAAGGAGCAAGUUGAAAAGGUUAAUGUAAAGAUGAAAAGUUUAAAGAGGCUAUUAGACGAAGCCGAGGAGGAGAUCAGCAGGCACAAGGCUUCGAAGCGAAAGCAGCAAAGAGAAAUGGAAGAUAUGAUAGAAUCGCAGGAAGUUCUAACGAGAGAAGUAGCUAAUCUGAAAAACAAGCUGAGCGAGUUAGAUACAAAAACGCACACUAGCAGGCCAUUGGGCUCGACUUAUCGUGGCCGCUGGAAGGAUGAAAUUAUUAAUUCGCUAAAUGUACGUGGCGGACAACCAAUUAGUGGACUCGGCUCAGCAAGACUGAAACGCGCCUCGAUGCAGACUGGUGGCUCCGGAGACGACUCGACAACGCAGGAUGAAAGCAUGGACGGCGAAGAAAAUACGAAUUAAAGAGUGCACGGAAAACUCGAGGAAUGGGCAAGGACGAUGCGCACCAACGCAUAAUACAAAAAAAAAAAAAAUA